CUGCUCUCUCAAGCUGCUGCCAUGGCAACCGUGUAUGACUGGCACAAAACAGACUGCAGUGUCUGAGCUCAGGGCGAACCUGAAGAGCCCAAAAACACUCCUGGGCAGAUAAAGAGUUGAGAUAUGGAGACACCAGGACGACCAGAGACCGUGAGGCUCACGAUGCAGAGCAGGGAAUACAAAUUCCUGCCUUCCUCCAGAAACAAAUAUCUGCAAGAGAAAUGGAAGAAGGCAUAUGAUGUACACAGGGGAAAGGUUAAGUCAAUGAAACCAACAAUAUGCAUAAACCCACCGAAGAAUUUUGAUCACCUGACUCUAAGUCUGAAGAACAAACAGCACCAAGAGGCCGUGAAGAUUCAGAGAGAAAACGAUAGGCUCAAGAAGAAAAUAUCUGACAUUAUGGCAACACCUGGAAGAGGUGACAACAGGAAUGACUAUGAAAAGAAAAGCCUCCACAAAGAGAAGCGACAGCGAGAGUUGAUCUCUAUUAGCAAGCAGAAUCAAAUGAUCCAGUUCCGUCUGAGCCAGUGCAAACCUCACUGUAGUGCGAGGAAAUGGCAUGAAGACUGGCUCAACACCCUCAAGCUGAGGGACAGAAUCGGACAUUACCCACGAGGAAGCGCAAAACAGCAAAAGGAACAAGACAAUGGGAAAGUAGAUUCUAAGGAAAAGUAAAAGAGGAAAGAAACCAACAACACAGAGGAUACAGGAAGAAAGACACGCAACAAGUCGGCAACACAAUUUGCCUCGAAACCAAAUGUACCUGAGGAAUCCAUCUCACCAGACACACCUGUGAAUCGUAGUCUUUCUGACUCCAAUUAAAGUCUGACAGAUAAACACCCUCAUUGUUCUGAUGAAAUGUCCUGAUGUGUCUAAAAUGUCCAGCACUCCAUACACACAGAAAAAAAUGCAAAAGGAGCACACAAACGAAGUGGGAUUGUUCCCUGUUGCAACAGCAAACAGUGGUAGAAGAAGCAUUCAGAUCCUUUAUUUUAGCAUCUUUAAAUUAAUAAUACUGAAGCAUCAGGACAUCAGCAGCCUUAUAUACAGAGACACCAGAAAAAUGGUAAGAAUAUUAAUCUAAAUCUAUUUUAAAGCUUGAGUAUACAUUGUGUAAAGUCUUUAUCUUACAAGUCAGUAGUUGCUCAACAGUAAAGUAAAAAGUAUAACAUUUUCCUCUGAAAUGUAUGGAAGUGGAAGUAUGAAAGUGCAUAAAACGGAAAUACACAAGUAAAAUGCCAGUUCCUCAAAGUAUAUUUACAUACAAUACUUGUUUUAACUUUUUGAUUUGUUCGUUUGAAAACAAUAAAUAAAUAAAGUGGCUGAAUCGCUACACAGAUGUUUUUAUUUUUUCUGAAGUUAUUUUGCCUGCUCGCAGCCUUAGAUCCUCAGGUGGAUCCUUCUGGUCGAUCCAAAGUCGAAGCUUAAAUCUAAAGGUGAACGAGCAUUCUCCAUCAGGACCUCGACUUUGGAACGACCUGACUGAGGAGAUAAGGCCUGCAGAAUCAGUAACUUCUUUUAAAUCACUUCUUAACACCCACUUUUCUCAACUUGCUUUUAAGUGAGGUUUACGUUUAGUUUUAAUUAGGGUCCGAGCACCAUGAAGUGGUGCGAGGAACCUAUUGAAACCCAUGGAAUUUUUUUUUUUUCAUGGGCCGGGAAAUCGGCAUUUUUGAUGCCCUAAACAUAUACGAAAACGCAUGAAAAUCACCACACACACCAGGACCGGCGAAAAAUUUGAUAUUUUAGGGGAAUGGCACGUGUGCGUGCCAAAAUGGCUCAAUAGCACCCCCUAGAAAACUAAAAAAAUUCAGCUCCCGGGCUGCGUUUCACCUGGAGGUACGAAAUUCGGUACACAUAUGUAACUCGCACAAAAAAGCCUCUUGCAUCAUUACCCAUAAUCCAACAGGAAGUCGGCCAUUUUGAUUUAUAAGUCAUAUUUUAGACAAUUUUGUGUCAUUUUUGGACAUUUUCCAAAAGGUAUUAACUCAAACAGCGUAACCACGAGAGAGCUCAAAUUUGGUAAGGAUGGACACCAGUCAUGGGUGAUCAAAGGUUAUCAAAAUGCUCCACAAAAGUCUGAGGGCGUGGCCAUAGUGACCAGCGGAAUGCGGCCAUUUUGGAUGUCUCGCCAUGAAACAGGAAGUGCUGUCAAACUAGCCUUUACAUGCUCCAGUCUGCUUCAAACUUUACAUGUGUGAUCAGAGUCCAGCCCUGAUGAGUUCCAUAGACCAAUAUACAGUGAAAGUGAUAGCGCCACCUGGCGGCCAUUUUGAAUGUCUGUUAAGAAUAAAGGGAGUAAAAGGGAACAUCUUGUAUUGUAUUGUGACUGAUGCCCCCCUGGCGGCCACAAAAUUAUUGACCGGUGAAGAUUUAUACAGUCCCUGAAUCUGCAAAACACUAGUUGCCGUGUUUGAGUUGUGUGCUAAUCUAGCGACUUAUUCAUUUAAUGUACUGUCAUUUUUACUAUUUAUUUUUCAUUGACUGCUCUGACUUGUCUCCUAUAGCUUGUUUAAUUGUCUCUGUGUUUGCAUGUUCUAACUGUCAAAGUACUUUGUGAACGCUGUUCAUAAGGGUGCUAUAUAAAUAAAAUUAUUAUUAUUAU